AUGCCUUCCACAACGACAGAGACCUUGUCGCUGGUGGAGGAGAGGAAAGUCAGCGUCGCCCCUCUUGUACUGCUGUCAGUCGUUGAUCACUACAACCGUGGCGCAUCCACAUCAUCCAAGAACAAGCGAGUCGUCGGUGUAUUACUAGGACAGAACGAUGGCAAGGUGGUGCGAGUAUCAAACAGCUUCGCAGUCCCUUUCGAGGAAGACGAGAAGGACCCAUCCGUCUGGUUCCUAGAUCACAACUAUAUCGAGUCCAUGAACGAGAUGUUCAAGAAGGUCAAUGCGCGUGAGAGGUUAAUAGGCUGGUACCACUCGGGCCCCAAGCUGCGAGCAUCCGACCUCAAGAUAAACGAACUGUUCAAGCGCUACACCCCAAACCCACUCCUGGUCAUCAUCGACGUACAACCGAAGGAGGCUGGCGUUCCCACAGACGCCUACUUCGCGGUGGACGAGAUCAAGGAUGACGGCACAACAGCAUCCAAGACGUUCGUCAACACAGCAUCCAUCAUCGAGGCCGAGGAGGCGGAAGAGAUAGGCGUUGAGCAUCUGCUUCGUGACAUCCGUGACGUUGCAGCUGGUACCCUGUCUACGCGUGUGACCAACCAACUCCAGUCCCUCCAAGGCCUCCACCUGCGGCUGCAGAAUAUCCAGGUAUACCUGAAGAAAGUCCUCGAUGGCAAGCUGCCCGUGAACCACGUCAUAUUGGGCAACCUGCAGGACGUCUUCAACCUGCUGCCGAACCUGUCGACGCCUACAAAGGGCAAGGGCGAGAGCGAGCUGAGCUAUGCACUGAACGUGAAGACCAACGACCAGCUUAUGGCCAUCUACUUGAGCUCCCUGAUCCGGGCCAUCACCGCGUUCCACGAUCUUAUUGAGAACAAGAUCCAGAACCGUCAGCAGCAGGAGGAGAAAGACGCGGCCAAGAAGGAGGGUGAGGAGAAGGAGAAGGAUGGCGAGAAGAAGGUGAAUGGGGACAAGGCGCCGAAUGGUGUGAAUGGAGAGGUCAGCAAGGAGGGCUCGGAGAAGAAAGAUGACAGUCCAAAGGAUAAGAAGAAAUAG